ACAGCAUCACCAUGAUCAUCCUAAUCCUUCUCAUAAUAGUCAUAAUCAUAAUCUAGUCUAAUCUCAUUAGUUACUAUGUCCCCCAGAAAACUCACCCUCGCCAUCGCCCACCCAACCAUAACAUCCACCUCCCCAUCCCAAAUCACCCAGCUCGCCCACACCGCAGCGUCCAAGGGCGCUCAUCUCCUCGUCAUCCCGUCUUACGCGACACCAGCUGCAGCAACAGCAAGAAAUAAGAGUCCGAGAGACCAAUAUUUGAAGCUAUUCAAUUGCGCUCACGACCUCUCCGACCCGGGAAGUAAUCCAGAGUGUCAUGGCGAGAAGAAAUCCAAAGCUACAGAGAUCCUGGAACAUCUCGCUCAGGAAACGAAACUGUUCCUGAUUGUGGGAUUGCUGGAGCGCGCGUGUGGGAAUUUGUAUCAUACUGUGGUGUAUAUUCAUCCUGCGAAUGGGUUGGUGGAGAAGAGGAGGUGUUUUGCGUUGACCGGUGCAGCGAAAACAUACCUCUCUCCCGGACAACCGCAUACAUCUCCGAUCACUAUUAAUUGCAAAAGUGGGCUUGAGGUGAAGAUAGGGGUCGGCUUAUGCGAGGAGAAUUACCAUCCGCUUGUUCGGCAGGAACUCUAUACAGCUGGUAUUCAAGUCUACAUCUCCCUCGGGGGUGUCUCCUAUCUCGAUGGUAGUGACAGCGAUGGUGGGGAUGAAAUCGGCCUAUGGGAGAGUUUACUGCGCACGGUAGCUGUCGAAGGAAGAGUAUUCGUUCUGGGUAGUUACACUACUUCUCAGCCUGCGCAUCAACAUCACCUUGCCUCUCCUACCCGUAUCCCCAGCUGGCAAUUCUCCCCAGGCGCGAAGAAACGGUCUCUGUCUAUUACAGCUGAAGGGCCACAUGAGAUCGUCUGGCCGGAGGUUCGGCAUGCGGAUGACGGUGCUACUGCAGCAGCUAUGGGACCGCGGAGGUCGGUGACGGCUGAGGGACCGCAUGAGAUUGUGUGGCCAGGACAGUUGAAUGCCGAUAUGAGUUCGAAUGUGGAUGGGGAGAUGAGUCCGGGGAGAGUGGAGCAGAGACAUGUUCAUGUUGGUGGUGGUAGUGGUAGUGGAAGGGAAGGGCCGUCGGGAGAAAGUGGGUGUGGAGGGGCAGCAUGGAUAGUGGGUCCGUUUGGAGAGAUUCUGGCGGGUUCGAGGGGAGGAGUAUCGUUGGAUGAUGAUGGGCUAUUGGUGAGGGAGGUGGAUUUGGAGGAUUGUAUUCGAGGGAGAUGGGAUCGAGAUUUGGCGGGUUAG